CCGGCCACUGCGCAGGCGCACACUCCUUGGCUCGCCAUCGUCGUCUUUGUUCGCUGACCAGCUGCUUUGUGCAUUGCCAAGAGCUGUAGCUGAACCUUCUUCAAAACCUCAGGGCCUCCAGGGCUCAGCCUGAAUUCUAUGAUACUCUUUGAUCCUCAGCUGUAAUUUUCAAAUCCAACCUGUUGGCAGAAAUUGAAAGUCACCAGUUUGGAACGAGAAGAGAAAGGAUUGAGGGAAAAAUACCGUGCAAAUAGAAAAGACCUGGGAAAUUUAUAAAUUUAUAAAGACGACCUGCAAGAUUUUUGAUUAUUAAGGCUCAUCCUUCUCUGAAAAUAAAACUAAGGACUAAUGUUCACAGAAUUUGAAAUAUAAUUCAUAAGGAAGAGCUUUUUAAUAUAAUAAGGAAGCUAUAUAUCGUCUCAUUUUAUUAUCUAAUAUCAAGAUAAUGGCGAAAGGACUUUCAUCAUAAAUUCACCAUCAUUAGAGAUUUGGUCAUUACUCUUGGUGAAAAACCAUAUGAUUAUAUUGACUGUGGUAGAGCUUCCAUGUCACACAUUAAGAGAUACUAAGAAAUUCUCGUUGGAGCAAGUCUAUUUAUGAGAACAAUGUUGGAAAGCCUUCAGACUGACUCUGAUCUCCUUCAGCAUGAUCAAGUGCAUACCAGAGAGAAACCUUACGAAUGUAAUGAAUGUGGAAUUACCUUUAGCCUGAAACAGGACCUCACAGAGCAUGAGAAUAUGCAUGCCGCAGAGAAGUCCCAUCAGUGCACUGAAUGUGGCAAAGUCUUCUCUCGUAUUUCAUCCCUUAAUGUGCAUUUGAAAAGCCAUGCAGUAAAGAAAUCCUAUAGAUGUCAUAAAUGUGGGAAAAUCUUCAGCCAGAGGGGAAACCUGAUUUUUCACCAAAACCAUCAGACGGAGGAAUGUGACAGCAUUUCUAUUCAGAAUCCAAGUCUCACCAAACACCAGAGGAACCACCCCGGAAACAAACCCUAUUCUUGUAAAGAAUGUGGGAAAUCCUUUAACGGCAAAUCCUAUCUUAGCGAGCAUGAAAAGAUUCACACAGGAGAGAAACCAUUUGAAUGUAAUCAAUGUGGCCGAGCCUUCACCCAGAAGCAAUACCUCAUUAAGCAUCAGAAUAUCCACAGUGGAAAGAAACCUUUUAAAUGUAACGAGUGUGGGAAAGCCUUUAGUCAGAAGGAGAACCUCAUUAUCCAUCAAAGAAUACAUACGGGAGAGAAGCCUUAUGAAUGUAAAGGCUGUGGGAAAGCCUUCAUUCAAAAGUCAAGUCUCAUCAGGCACCAGCGAAGUCACACGGGAGAGAAGCCCUUUGUUUGUAAGGAGUGUGGGAAAGCCUUCAGUGGCAAGUCCAACCUCACCGAGCAUGAGAAGAUUCAUAUUGGAGAGAAGCCCUAUAAAUGUAAUGAAUGUGGGACAAUAUUUAGGCAGAAGCAAUACCUCAUUAAACAUCACAAUAUUCAUACAGGAGAGAAACCUUAUGAAUGCAAUAAAUGUGGAAAAGCCUUCUCUCGAAUCACAUCGCUUAUCGUCCAUGUACGAAUUCAUACAGGUGACAAGCCGUAUGAAUGCAAAAUUUGUGGAAAAGCCUUCUGUCAAAGCUCCUCGCUCACUGUGCACAUGCGAAGCCACACAGGUGAAAAGCCCUAUGGCUGUAAUGAAUGUGGAAAAGCCUUCUCUCAAUUCUCAACUCUGGCUCUACAUAUGAGAAUUCAUACCGGAGAAAAACCGUAUCAGUGCAGUGAGUGUGGGAAAGCUUUUAGCCAGAAAUCCCAUCACAUUCGGCACCAGAGAAUUCAUACUCAUUAUCCUAGUCCUGAGGAGAUGACCCAGUCGUCUCAGAAGCAGCUUGAGUAUUUAUACUCCAGUCAUCUGGUUAUUCAUCAUGACCUCAAAAUCAUAGGCCAGAGUAGAGUCCACCAAGGAGGACCUCCAAGACUCCAUUUUACUCACAGACCAGUUUGUUGUGCCCAGGACAAACCUAGCCAGCCUGAUCAAAGACUGAAGAGUGACCCGCACAGCCUUAGGCACAAUGCUGGGAAGAAUCACAAACAAAACCUUCCAAGUUCCAGGCUUCGAACUACAUUUCCCAGAGGACACCUCGCCGAGAACUCGAUUCUCGCGAGAAUUCACUUAAAGUCACGCGCAGGCGGGAGCCUGGAAGCACGGGCCACUGGCAACUGUUGCCUGGCAGUUGUUGGUUCGGUGGUCAGGGAAGGUCAAAGCUCUGCCUUUUUGCAGAAGUGGAGCCCUCAGGAAUACUGGAUCAUUGCUGCAAAGAUGAAAGCCAUGGCCCAGGAGUCAGUGAUGUUCAGUGAUGUGUCCAUAGACUUCUCUCAGGAGGAGUGGGAGUGCCUGACUGAUGAUCAGAGAGAUUUGUACAGAGGCGUCAUGUUGGAGAAUUACAGCAACCUGGUAUCACUGGGAUAUUCUGUUUCUAAACCAGAUGUGAUCUCCUUCUUGGAGCAGGGGAAGGACCCCUGGUUGGUGGCCAGAGAACUAACCAGAGACCAGUGGCGAGUUCUAGAAUCAAGAUGUAAUACCAAGAAAUUACUUCUGAAGAAGGAAAUUUAUGAAACAGAAUCAUCCCAGUGGGAGAUUAUUGAAAGACCUACCAGAUGUGAUCUUCCGUAUUCUAGUUUCAGAGAGAAAUGGGGAUUUAGCAACCAGUUUGAAAAACAACAUGGUGUUCAACAGGGGCUUUCCUGUCAGCUAGCAUUCACUCAUGAGGGUAUGCCCACAUCCAGUCGACAUCCAUCCUAUACAUUACAGCAAAUCACUAAUAAUAAAGAGAAAUAUUGUACGACUAAGGAAUAUAAGAAAAGCUUGAAGCAUGGCUCACAGCUUACUACCCGUCAGAUAAUUCGUACCACUGAGAAACCCUAUGAAUGUAAGGAAUGUGGAAAGGCUUUUAGACAUCCCUCAAGACUCAAUCAUCAUCAGAAAAUUCAUACUGGCAAAAAGCCCUUUGAAUGUAAAGAAUGCGGAAAGACUUUUAUCUGUGGCUCUGACCUCAUGCGACAUCACAGAAUUCACACUGGCGAGAAACCCUACGAGUGUAAGGAAUGUGGAAAAGCCUUUAGUAGUGGCUCCAACUUUACUCGGCAUCAGAGAAUUCACACUGGCGAGAAACCCUACGAAUGUAAGGAAUGUGGGAAGGCCUUUAGCAGUGGGUCCAACUUCACUCAACAUCAGAGAAUCCAUACUGGGGAAAAACCUUAUGAAUGCAAGGAAUGUGGCAAUGCUUUUAGUCAGAGCUCACAGCUAAUUAAGCACCAGAGAAUCCACACAGGUGAGAAGCCCUAUGAAUGUAAGGAAUGUGAAAAGGCCUUUCGGUCUGGUUCUGAUCUUACUCGGCAUCUGCGAAUUCAUACUGGGGAGAAACCCUACGAAUGUAAAAUUUGUGGGAAAGCCUAUUCCCAGAGUUCACAACUUCUCAAUCAUCACAGAAUUCACUCAGUUGAGAAACUCUAUGAAUAUAAGGAAUGUGGGAAAGCCUUUAAUUAUGGCUCAAAACUUAUUCCGCAUCAAAAUCUAUACUGGUAAUAAAGUAUAGAACAUACGAAA